UCAAGUACAGCCCGCGGAAAGGGCGUCUUGAUGAGAAACAGUAAGCGUAAACAGCACAUUUAUGGUACGCAGGAAAACUAAAAGCCUGUCAAAGUGUACUCAGAAAACUGUUUCUUCUGGGGUGCACGUGAACGCAGCAUUCCGUACUCUUGCCGGAGAUGCUUUUAGUCGCAGCUCGCUCACUGCGCGUCUGCAGCACAACAUAAAAGAAAACAAUGCACAAGAAGAGGACAGCUGGAGCUCUCCACACAGAGUGAUCAUGGCCGGUCGGUGGCGAGACGGUGCUCGCGUGUGUUCGGGAGAGCAGGACGCUGGCCUCAAACCGGCACGAAAGCUCCGCCAGCAGCAAGAACCGGGCUCAGAUACCGGGGACGCGACGGAGCCGCCGCGGGGACUGCCGCGAUGGAUGCGGCUUUACUUCUACGGGAUGCACGGCGUGACUCUGGAUGUCCUGCUGUCAUCCUUACAGGGGCUUUUGCACUCUCGGGACCCUAAGCUGAUGGGCUUUUCCUCUCCGUAUCUUUGCAUCAUGCAUUCGCUGACCCAUUUUGCGCUGGAAAAGAUCUACUCACAGAAGAGGUGCUUCCGAGGUCGGCCUGUGGUGUUUCAUCUUGUUUUCUACCCGUCCAUCUACAUCGGGCUGCAGAUUCUGAUCGGGAACAUUAACACUUUGGCCGAGCAAGUGAGGGUGGUUUCUGGGACUCAGCUGGUAGUGCAUUACAUCCUGGCUCUCUACUUCUCUCAGGUGUUCCACAGAGAGCUGUCACAUCUACAGUAUCGCACAUCAUUCUCCGCCGACCUCCAGCUGGAGGGCAGACCUCCGCACGGUCUUCCCGGCUUUGCGCGCUUCUUAUUCUUCGGGAUGCACGGCUUUCUGGACGAGGUCCUUUUCACCUCUCUGUUCAACCUGGUGGAGAAGUCUGACAGGACCCUCAGCGGUCACACGUCUCUGUGGUCUUUCCUGAUGUACGGGAGCUGCAGCUUCGUGGUGGAGAGGCUCUACCUUUACCUGCACUUCAGCCUGGGCUGGAGGACCUGGCGACGACUCCCCAUCUACAUCUGCUUCAUCUACACGUGGGAAUUCUCGUGGGGUCUGGUCUUGAGGCAGUUUAACGCUUGCUCGUGGGAUUACUCCCACUAUCCUCACAACUUCAUGGGACUUAUCACCCUGCUCUACCUGCCCGGGUGGAUCUGCUUGAGUCUGUAUCAGGACGUGCUGUCCAAUGUCCUGCUGAGAAUCAAGUGCACCAAAGAUGUGCAUGAUUUAAGUGAAGAGAAUGGAGACGUCAAUGGACAACUGGAGCCAAAGAAAAAGCAACUUUAAUUCUAAUUUUGAUGGUUGCAAACUAAUAUUUAAGUGAGGAAGAAAUAAAACCUUCUAAUUUAAUAAGGGACAUCUAUUUAUUACCAGGCAGGUGAAGAUGGGUGUGUUAAACAAGAUUUUCUGUGGAGGUAAUAACUUCUGGAAGUUACGAGUCGAGGUUUCGCAAGGCUGUGGACCCUUGUUACCUGUCCUUUUAUUCUGCUCUGCCUGAUAUUUUACGGUACAGUAAGGAAUUCAAAACUUUGGACCCCAACUGUGUAAAUUCAAUUACUGCCGUUUUUAUCCAUUUAAUGAAAAAUACAGUUGUAACAUGAACAAAUUUUACAUGUCCUCAUGACUUUGAAAGUGUGAAGAUUCAGUUUUGUAUGGAUUGCAGUGACUGAUUUCCUGUUCUUCACAUAUGGCCGAUGUGUUUUGGAUUUGAUCACUUACGUUAUUCACAUAUACAUCAGCAUGCUUUAAGUGUCCUAUCUGCAUGCUAAAAUACCAGUAAAGCUUUCUUUUAUUCACUAACUCACAUGUAUCGUCAACUAAUAUUCCAAAGUCAGUAUUUUUAAGAUAGAGUCAUCUGUUAGUUACGCACCUUUUUAUUCUAUUCCUUAACAUUUCAAAACAAACUGCUUCCACUCAGCUUGUUAACAUGAUCACAGAGCAAUGCAUGGCAAUUCUUAGAGUAGAUAUAAACCCAGUGAUAUAUGUAGCAAAGGAAUCCGUAGCUAAAUGAUUAUGAGGAGACAAGAUGUUGCAGUUUCUUUUUCAUGACCCAAACACUGAUUUGCUCGAGUGCCUUCCUGUGCAAACUGAGUCCAAGCGACACAAACAAAACUCAGCUUUUUAUCUGCAAGUGCUACAAUUGUGGGUCGCAGGUAGUGCCUGACUGAAAAUGGAUUUUGGGGGCCAAAAUAUGUGACUUAGUGAUAUAUAGGUUAAUAUAAUAUUGAUAUAAUAUAGGCCAUACUGGUUCACCAACAUACUGUAGCAGUCAGUCACCUAUAUGUAUCACCUGUAUCAUCUAUAUUAUCUAGAUAUUAACCUCCUAUGCUGCCUCAUUAGAAGUAAUAUGCUUCAAUGAACUGCAAAGAAAUGAUUCUGCUCUAUGAACUUAAAAUAUUUUGAACAACAUUAAAAUAUUAGAAUCAGUCACUGUGGACUUAGCAUUAGAAACAUGAUGAUCUUCUCUGGGACUGAUCUGUUUAGGGGACAAAUUACUUUUUGUCUAUACAAAUUUAGAAGCAUACUUUGCACAGAUGCUUUAUUUUAUUAUUUAAUUUAUUAACAAAGAUUCAUAUUUUUUUUAAUUUUUUUUUUAGUUUCAAAACCCUGUGAAAUUCUACUAAUAUAAUUAGCACUGAGAGCUGAACUGAACCCUACUCAGCCUAAUACUUUGGCUACUGUUUUUUUUUUCUUGUUUAACCUGGCAGCUACACUGGUGUUCUUAAACAUUUACACUCUGUCCCACAUGAAUAACUUUGUACAACUUACAGUUUUUUUCCAUGACAGAAUAACUGUAUUUUAAUCAGACUUAACUUUCGUGUUUGGUUGUGCACUUUUUAAACAUUUUAAAAAAAUGACCAAACUACUUUUAGAAAAGGUAUUUAAAAAAGAGUUUGAAAGAAAUUGCACUAUAAUUAAAAAAAGAUCUCUAACUUACAAUGGCAUGUACUGUAUGACUUAGAAUUUUAAAUAAAAAUACAAUUUUCCUGUGA